AUGAUCAGAUAUUCUCUGUACGACGAUAAAAAGGCUGGUAUCAGAAUCAAAUCUCCUCUCCCUGUAUCGAAGCAAGAUAACAAAUACGUUUUUGACUAUCCCUGUGAAGAUUCUUCGUUUUGUACUGACUAUUCGAUAGAAUUACCGCCUAGUUUAUACAAUUUUGAAUUGUAUGGUGCCUCAGGAGGGAGUUUUACCUCUGAGGUCUCCACCUACCACUAUGGGACAGGUGAAUGCAUUCAUGAUAGUAUCGUUCAGCAAUUUAACGGAAAUACCAAAUGCAAAUCAUCUUUUAAUUACGGUGGAGCAGGUGGAUAUGUCAGUGGUUUGAUCAAUAUCAAACAUUUAACUCGAGCAUAUGUCACUAUUGGUGGCUCGGGGAAAUAUCUGAAAAAUACUAAUUGCGCACCCGUCCAAAACUGUUAUCUCAAGGAAAAUAUGGUUCCUGGAGGAUACGGUGGCGGUGGGCGUUCAUCAGGAUUUUCUGGUGGCACCGCUAGUGGCGGUGGCCAAACUUCUGUUCAAUUUUUGGAAAAUACUCUCUACCAUCGAGUGAUUGUGAGCGGUGCUGGUGGAGGGGCUGAUGACUACGACGCUAAUGAUUCGAGAGGUGGCUCUGGCGGCGGCCUGGUCGCACAAGGCUGGUGGACAAAUUCAGUCUACAAAGGCCAAUACUUGGCAAAUUCUUCAUUUGGUUAUACAUUUGGUUCUGGAGAAGCCGCUCGAUUAGGUUCUUCCAAAAAUCCAAAAGGUGUACAAAAUCCAGAUGGACAAGCUGAUAAGUGCGGUGGUGGAGGAGGCUGGUACGGCGGAUUUUCAAGUCUCCAUUACAAUGGUGGCUGUGGGGGUGGUAGUUCAUGGGUUUUAACUAAAGAUGCAUAUAUACCUACUAGUCUGAUCGAAUCCCGUGAUGAGUUUUAUGAGAUAAUCGAAUCUAGGAAAUAUAAUUUUGAUCUCAAUUCAGAUUAUUUGUUUUCUGAUGUUGUUCAUAUUCCUGGAAUAUGGCAAGGAAAUGGUCGUCUAGUUAUUACAGUUAUUAAGGCCUUAUCUUUUAAUAGCUGUUUGUGCAGAUGCCAAUCAUUUUAUUAUCUUCUAGGAUUUGUUAUUUUUAUAAGUUAG